GAGAGGGCCAGGCAGACGGGACCGAUGUUUACAAAGAAAGGAACGUGGAGGUGGUUCCCAGGAGUAAAAAUCGGAUCAAGGAAGCCAUAGGCACACAGGGACGACUCUUAUCUUGUAUCUUCACUCUGUUUCUUCUCCUUUUUCUCGAUUAGUUUUUUUCAAGAGAGAGAGAAAUGGAGGCCGCAUUGGGUUUAAUGAGAAGAAUGCCUCCAAAGCACGCAGAAACCGCUCUCUCUGCUCUUCUCAGUCUCUUACCUCACCACUCCUCCGAUCUCCUCUCUCAAGUCGAUCAGCCUCUUCAGACUUUACACGAUGUGGAUUCUGGGAAAGAGUUUAUUUUGUGUGAGUACAACAGAGAUGCUGAUUCUUAUAGAUCACCAUGGUCGAAUAAGUAUCAUCCUCCAUUGGAAGAUGCGCUAUACCCAUCUUCAGAGUUGAGGAACCUUGAACUUGAAGCAAAUGUUGUCUUUGAAAUUUAUCGUGACCAGUACUAUGAAGGUGGUAUUUCAUCAGUAUACAUGUGGGAAGAUGAUAAUGAAGGUUUCGUUGCCUGCUUCUUGAUAAAAAAAGAUGGGUCAAAGACAGGACAUGGUCGAAGGGGUUAUUUGGAGGAGGGAGCAUGGGAUGCUAUACAUGUUAUAGAGGUGGGCCCAGAGCAAGAAGGAUCAUCUCAUUAUUGUUUGACUAGUACCAUAAUGCUGUCUUUAACUACGGAUGAUGAGUCAUCAGGCACAUUCAGUUUGUCUGGAUCAAUUAGACGACAAAUGAAUAUGAAACUGCCCCUUGCUGAUGGUCAUCUUUGUAACAUGGGAAAGAUGAUCGAAGAAAUGGAGGGUAAGCUGAGGAACUCACUGGAUCAGGUCUAUUUCGGGAAGACAAGAGAGAUGGUAUGCACCUUACGGCCGCCAUCCGAGGUGGUCAUGAAACUUCCUAGCAGUUGAUUUCCGCGGUGGUCAUGAAACUUCCUAGCAGUUGAUUUCCGAGGUGGUUAUGAGACUUCCUAACAGUUGAUUUAGCUACAUUCGGUGUAUGAAAAAGAAGGAAGUUAAAUCUAUUUGUCUCUCAUAUUUGGAUAUGUAGUUUCUAUUCCCAGAGACUGUAAUGUUAUUGUUUCUUCAUUAUAGACAUUAAGCACACUUACCAUUCCAGUUUGCCUUGGAUUUUGGGUGGUCUGUCAUCAACAAGAAUCGUGUAGAGAACAUGUUAAAGACUCUAUUCUCUUAUCUGAAGUUUAUCAUCAUA